AUGGAGUAUAAUCGUGAUAACAGUUUAGAGGAUCUAGGGUUUCGGUCUUUUUCUGAAAGGAUGCAUGAGGAUGUUUUCAUUACGUCAAAGGGUUCAAUUAAUGUUCAGGAUAUGCGUCAAAACUCUUCUUCGCUGAACAAACCUGUGCGGAUUGAUGGGAUUCCGUUGAUACCUCGUCGAGGUGUUGGGCCGAAGGAUCCUAAGGUCAUCAAUGUUAUUGAUGAACUACAGAAAAUCACGGUCCCAGUUCAUCCGGAUACGAGUGGCUCUAGCAGCCAGGAGACGCAACAUGGAUUUUCUUCAGGACCGAUUCAGGAGGAGCCGGUUUCAUAUGCUGAAAAGCUCAUGUCACAGAAUCGUAAUAAAAGAGAGGUUAAUUUCAGGUUUAUGCAACCAGUGGAAACAAGGGAGGAUGCUGACAUUGUUAUCCCAAAAGAGGUUGUUCAAAGGGUCCAGGAUAAGUUUGAAAACGUUCUAUACGGCUAUUUUUUGGGGAAUAGACUUCCGUAUCCGGUAGUAGAAUACUAUGCCAAAAACGUUUGGGCGAAGUUUGGGUUUUCAAAGCUCAUGAUGAAUUCAGCAGGAUUUUUUUUCUUCAAGUUUGAUUCGAACGAAGGUAUGACGAAAGUGCUUGAAGGAGGGCCGUGGUUAAUAAGGAAGAUGCCUUUAUUUCUGAAUAAAUGGUCACCGAAAGUUUCUUUAAAAAAAGAAGGUAUCAAAACUAUUCCUCUUUGGGUUAAAUUGCAUAAUGUUCCGAUUGCGGUUUACACAGAUGAUGGGUUAAGUUUGUUGGCCUCUAAAAUUGGUGUCCCUAAAAGGUUGGAUUCAUACACUGCGGAUAUGUGUGCGGAUAAUUGGGGUAGGAGCAGCUAUGCUAGGGCUAUGAUAGAGGUUAAUGCUGAUAAUGAUCUUAAGGAAUAUAUAACGCUAGCUAUCCCUAAAAUGGAUGAAGAUGGGUAUGUUAUGGAACGUGUUAAAGUGGAGUAUGAAUGGAAGCCCCUACGUUGUUCUACUUGCUGUUUGUUUGGACACGAUGAUAAAACAUGUAGUAAGAAUGACAAAGGUAAGGCGAAACAGGUUAUUGUGGAUGACGAGGGUUAUGUAAUGGAUAACAAACGUGUUGCUCGACAUGGUUUUCCCCAAAAGAAGCAAAAGGCGAGGUUCGUCUACAAGCCGAAAACAAACAAUUCAGGAGCAAGCUCUUCCGGUACCAGUAGUGGGCAACCUUUGGUAAAAAUUGCAAACUCGUUUCAGCCCAUUUCAUUGGAUGAUGAUGAUCCUCCAAAAAAUGAGAGUGUCCCAGAAGUCAAUGGUAGUGUUCAUACUCAAUCUAAGGAGAUGGAAACUAAAGAGCCUGAGGAAGUUUUAGAGAAGAUACCAACGGAGAUGUCCAAGUUUAUGGCCGCUAAUGUCACGGAUUGUCCGUCUGAGGGGGCAAGCACUCCCGGAUCUAAUGAAACUCAUGUUAAUGUUAGCAAUCUCGGAAAGAUUUGUAAGGCGGUUUUUCGUAGAUGGAGUUGGACGUCGAAUGGGGAUGUGUGUCAAAGAGGAACUAGAAUUAUUUUGGGGUGGAACCCGGAUGAAGUUGAUCUUAUGGUUAUUUCUCAAUCGGACCAGGUUAUACACACACAAGUUCGUUACAAAACUGAUUCAAAAAUGUUCCUUUGUUCAUUUGUUUAUGCAGAAAAUCAAUACCAGCAACGUAGAAUUCUUUGGGAAAAUCUAUGUAAGCAUAGCUGCUUAGCUCGUAGCCAGCCGUGGGUUGUUCUUGGGGAUUUUAACACAGCGCUCAAUAUGGAAGAUUGCCUCUACGGGCCUUCUAAUCACACAGUUAGCAUGAGGGAUUUUUUUGAGUGCGUCAAAGUUGCUGAGCUUAUGGAUGUUAAAAGUCACGGGUUACAUUAUACAUGGAAUCAAAAACCUAAAGAAGGGAUUGGUGUCCUUAAAAAAAUAGACCGUAUUAUGCACAACAUCAGGUUUUUGGAUUUAUAUCCGGAUGUGUAUGCCGUUUUUCAGCCGGCUCGGGUCUCUGACCAUACACCGUGUGUUCUAAAGUUGCCUUCCAUAGCACGAGACAAGCAAAAGCCGUUUAAAUUUCCAAACUUUCUAACAUCUAAACCGGAGUUUAGACAGUAUGUUGUCGAUGAAUGGAGUAAGGGUGUGCAAGGCUAUGCUAUGUUUUCCGUUAUGAAGAAGUUGAGGAACUUGAAGCCGUGCUUCCGCAAACUCCUUCAUAAGCAAGGAAAUCUCCAUGAGAAGGUUACUAGACUUCGAAGUGAGUUGGAUUUAGCUCAGCAUCAUGUUGAUAUGAACCCGCUAGAUGUCGAAGCUCGUAACGUGGUGGCCAAGUGUCUUCAUGAUUUUCAGGUGGCGGCCUAUGAUGAAGAAUGUUUUUUAAAGCAAAAGUCGAAGAUUGAGUGGCUUUGUGCAGGUGAUUCGAAUACUUCAUAUUUUCACAAUGCGGUAAAGAGUCGUAAUUCUAGAAAUAAAAUAUGCUGCAUUCAUGAUGUGCAUGGGAAUCGAUUUGAGGGUAAGGAUGUCAUUACUGCCCUGGUGGAUCAUUAUUCUAAUUUUUUGGGUACCGAGGAGAAUGUCCUAAGCUUGGAUGAUGAAGAUCUUUUUGUUAAUUCCCUUAACCUUGACACGGCCAACCAUAUGGUGAGACAAGUGACUCGAGAGGAGGUCAAAGCUGCAAUGUUUAGCAUUGGUGAAAAUAAGGCCCCUGGCCCAGAUGGGUUUACUUCGGCGUUCUUUAAACAUUCUUGGGAUAUAGUGGGAGAUGAGGUAACGUCGGCUAUUCUCGAUUUUUUUCAGAACGGUAAACUUUUGAAACAGGUCAACCACACUAUUAUUGCUUUGGUUCCUAAAAAGGAUAUUCCUAACUCGGUUAUUGACUACCGACCUAUAUCCUGCUGUAAUGUCCUCUUCAAGUGCAUAAGUAAAAUUAUUACAGAUAGGAUCAAAGGGAGUUUGGAGGGUUUGGUCAGUAUAAAUCAGUCGGCGUUCGUUCCUGGCAGGAAGAUCUCUGAUAACAUUCUUCUCACGCAGGAACUAAUGCACAAUUACCAUCUUAAUAGAGGGCCGGCUCGAUGUGCAUUCAAGAUAGAUAUCCAGAAAGCGUAUGAUACUGUUAAUUGGUCUUUCUUGGAAACUAUUCUUAAGCGGUUUGGUUUUCAUUGCAAAAUGGUUGAAUGGAUUAUGACGUGUGUUACCACGGUUUCAUAUUCUCUAUGUAUCAAUGGUGAGCUUCAUGGUUAUUUUACAGGGAAACGAGGUCUUAGACAGGGUGAUCCGUUGUCUCCAUAUUUGUUCACGCUUGUUAUGGAGGUUCUGACCCUUCUCCUUCAGAAAACGGCUUUGCACUCUUCGUUCAAAUUUCAUGCUAACUGUCCUAAACAAAAGAUCAUUAGUGUCUCGUUUGCAGACGAUUUGUUCAUCUUUUCGCAUGGGGAUUGCACUUCGGUGAAACAUUUGAAGGAUGCGCUUGUCAAAUUCACUAACAUCUCGGGUCUGGUCCCUAGUCCUUCUAAAAGUACCGUUUUCUUCGGUAAUGUUCCUCGUUAUGUUAAAGACCAGAUUUUGGAGAUCAUGCCCUUUCAAGAGGGUACACUUCCGGUUCGGUAUCUUGGAGUGCCUUUGAUUUCUACGAGAUUGGCUGCUCGUGACUGUCGUAUUCUUGUGGAACGUGUAGAACGGCGAAUAGAUAAUUGGAUGUCUAAAUCCUUGUCUUUUGCAGGUAGACUUCAGCUUAUCAAUUCGGUUUUGGCUGCCAUGUACUCUUAUUGGGCCUCGGUUUUUAUGCUUCCGCAAGGUGUUAUAAAAGAUUUGGAGAAGAGGUUACGAACGUUCUUAUGGAAUGGGGGUUACCAAGGCUCGGCUAGAGCUAAAGUGGCCUGGAAAAUUGUGUGCACUCCUAAAGAUGAGGGUGGUUUGGGCAUUAGAAGCAUUACGGAUGUAAAUAAAGCUCUUUUGACAGGCCAUAUUUGGAGCAUUCUUUCUAAUCGUAAGUCGCUUUGGGUUCAAUGGAUUCAUUCUCACAAGUUGCGAGGUAAGAACUUUUGGGAUGUUCAAUGUAGAGGUAGCGAGAGUUGGGGUUGGAGAAAGCUCCUAUCUAUCCGAGAUAAAGUACGAUCGUUUUUCUGGAUGUCUAUUAGGAGUGGAAGGCAAACUAAUGCUUGGAGUGACAAUUGGUGCCCGUUUAGUCCUCUUCGGUCUUUUAUCUCGCCUAGAGUGAUUGCGAAUGCUGGUUUCACUCUUUCUUCUAUGGUUGCUGAUCUUGUGGUGGAGGAAAAUGGUCAAUGGUUGUGGCCCGAGGCUUGGUAUGAUACCUAUCCGGUUCUUAUAAAUAUUGACACGCCACAAAUUUUAGCUGGUGAACAUGAUCGGCUACAAUGGAAAGAUUCGGAUGGUAAUCUGCAGCAUUUUGAAACGAAGGAGGUGUGGAAUAGCUUACGGAAUAGAGAGGAUAAGGUUUUAUGGGUUAAAUCGGUUUGGUUCACUCAAUGCAUUCCUAGACAUUCAUUCCACUUGUGGCUUGUUAUCAAAAACAAGCUAAAGACCCAAGACAGGUUGACCGUUUGGGAAGCUGGCAGUGCUACUAACUUACAGCUUAUGUGUUGUCCAUUAUGUAAACGUGAUCGUGACUCUAGAGAUCAUCUCUUCUUCCAAUGUCAAUUUUCAUCGGAGGUUUGGGGAUCGGUUAGGAAAUACGUUGACAUGGGGGGUGUGCUGAACACCUGGCCGACGAUUAUUCAAUGGAUGGAGCGCGUUUCUGAUUCUAGAACGCUUGAGCAUAUCAUCUGCAAGAUCCUGGUUGCGGCUACCACUUAUUUUAUUUGGCAGGAAAGAAACAACCGUCUUUUUUCUACUCUUGUUCGAAAUGCUGAGGCUCUCUCAAAGAUCAUUGUUGAUACGGUUCGGCUUAGAAUUAUGGGAUUCAAGAUGAGUGGGGAACCAAAGUAUGACAGUAUUCUGGAAAGGUGGCUGAUCUCGAAGAAUAUGGCUUUGGAGCCGGGCUAA